GCAUACGUCAGUAAGCAGGGCAGACAGCGUAUGCGCUUCCGCCAGCGGUUAGCUCUUGCUCACUUCAUCAUCCAGUUGGGACUCCCACAUCUACCGUGCGGCCAUGGCGGCCGAUCAGUCUCCUAUAAGUCUGCGUACAGAUGAUGGCCGAUAGAGCUCGAACAACAUUUUCAUUACACGGGAAAAUAAUCAAAUUAAAGAGUGAAAAAAUGGCUGCAGCUACAGCGGUGAGGAGCAUGAAGCUGGGUUCCCAAGGGCUUGAAGUCUCGGCACAGGGGCUGGGUUGCAUGGGCAUGUCCUUCAGCUACGGCCCUCCAAAGGCCGAGGCCGACAUGAUUGAUCUCAUCCACCACGCCAUUAACAGCGGCGUUACCUUCCUCGACACCUCCGACGUGUACGGCCCCCACACCAACGAAAUCCUCCUCGGAAAGGCCUUGAAGGGAGGGAUGAGGGAAAGAGUUCAAUUGGCAACCAAGUUUGGGAUCAACGUAGUCGACGGCAAGAUGGUGAUCCGUGGUGAUCCGGCGUAUGUGAGGGCUGCCUGUGAGGGGAGUUUGAAGCGGCUUGGUGUGGAUUGCAUCGAUCUCUAUUACCAGCAUCGCAUUGAUUCCAAAGUGCCCAUUGAAGUCACGAUGGGAGAGUUGAAGAAACUGGUUGAAGAGGGUAAAAUAAAAUAUGUGGGUCUUUCUGAGGUCUGUGCAUCAACAAUCAGAAGAGCACAUGCAGUUCACCCAAUAACAGCUGUGCAGUUGGAAUGGUCUUUGUGGACAAGAGAUGCAGAAGAAGAAAUAAUUCCUACUUGCAGAGAACUCGGCAUUGGAAUUGUUCCAUUUAGUCCUUUAGGACGGGGUUUCUUUUCAUUGGGUCCAAAGGUAGUUGAGAAUUUGUCAGCUGGUGACUUCCGAAAGACUCUGCCCAGGUUCCAACCCGAGAAUUUUGAGCAUAACAAAAAAAUUUACGAGUGUGUAAAUGAAUUGGCAGAGAGGAAGGGAUGCACACCAUCGCAACUAGCACUGGCCUGGGUCCAUCACCAAGGGGUUGAUGUGUGUCCCAUUCCAGGCACAACGAAAUUUGAAAACUUCAAUCAGAAUGUUGGAGCUUUAUCCAUAAAACUAACACCAGAAGAAUUGGCUGAACUUGAAUCCCUUGCUGGUGCAGUGAAGGGAGAUAGAUACGGAACUGGUGUUGUUAGUUGGAAAGACUCAGAGACUCCACCACUGUCUUCCUGGAAAGCAGAAUGAACACUUCUCUCCCUCUUCUAUGCCAUGUGUUAAUGGCCCGCUCUUCCUUUUCAAUCCUUAAAAGAGUUUCUGUAUCUAUGUGCUUUAUGGGGUGUUUUGUGCUUGGUUCCUGCAUGGUGCCACGUUCAGAAAGUGUGCUUAAACUCUUUUUUUUUUUUUUUUUUUUUUUUGGAGAUCUGAAUAUUUAGCAGUUGAACUUUUGGUUAGGAAAUAUAUAUUGUUUUGACGUUAUGUCUUUAUGAAUGAGUACAAUGAGCCUCAAAAUUUUCCCUUUUUCAGAAAGAAAA